UCUUGUCUGUAUGUCUGUAAAAGAUGAGUGAUGUUUGGCUAGUUAUCAGUUAAAAAGCCUAGAAUCUGUUAAUCAAUAGCUCUGCUAAUUAUAGACAAGUACAUAUGAAUCAAUAAGUGUAUGUAAGUAAAUUAUUUGUAGUUAUGGGCAACUCUGAAGUUAUGAAAUCGCUGGAUAUAAUGGGAGACAGUAAUCAGAGUGGUGUAAUUAACAGAUCAAUCAGUGAUCGUGAACGCUUUAAAAGCCUGGAAGACAUUGAUGUGACCGCCGAUGGGAGUCCGGUGUUGAGGUGCAUGAUCUCCAUCACCUACUCGGUGGUUUGCGUCGUGGGUCUGAUUGGGAACCUGUUGGUGUUUUUCUUUAUUCGCGUGAGACAAGAGAGACGCACGUCUAAAAUCAACUUUUUUAUCCUCAACUUGGCCGUGACGGACUUUCAGUUUGUGCUGACUUUGCCUUUCUGGGCCGUGGACACGGCGUUGGACUUUAGCUGGCCCUUUGGAGACGCCAUGUGUAAGAUCAUCCUAUCGGUGACCGUGAUGAACAUGUACGCGAGCGUCUUCUUCCUGACCGCGAUGAGCAUCACUCGAUACUGGUCAGUGGCGUCAGCUCUGAAGGACCGUAGCAGACAGACCAGCUGCUCCAUCAGGUGGGUCAGUGUCGUACUGUGGUCUCUGGCCACCGUAGCCACCGCACCAACAUCCAUCUUCUCCACAGUCACUAACGUGGCCGGCGAAAAACUUUGUUUAUUGCGGUUCCCCGACGGACAGUAUUGGUUGGCAGUCUAUCAUCUCCAGAAAAUACUGAUCGCUUUUAUUCUGCCCAUGGCGAUAGUGUCUAUCAGUUAUCUGCUGCUGCUGAGGCUCAUCCGACAGCGGAGCAUGAAGAACAACUCUAAGCGAAGAACGCAAGUCACAAAGUCCGUCACCAUCGUGGUCUUGUCCUUCUUCCUCUGCUGGAUGCCCAAUCAUGCCAUAACGUUUUGGGGCGUGCUGGUGAAAUUCAAUGCUGUGUAUUGGGAUAAGUCGUACUAUAUCGUUCAUACAUAUGUGUUUCCGGUGACUGUGUGCCUGGCGCACGCAAACAGCUGUUUAAACCCGCUUAUUUACUGUCUUAUGCGUAGAGAAUUCAGGAAAAAACUGAAGGACCUGUUUCUCCGAGUCUGAGGAGCAAGUGCACGGUCGUCUUAGUCCUGUGGAACAAACGGUAUUCCUUGUUAAAAGGGUUAUUUUACCCAAAUUGUAACUUUCAGUCAUUAUUUACUCAAUGUCAUGUUUUUCCAAGUUUGUGUGAGUUUAUUUCUUCAGUGGAGCUCAAAAGGGUCAGUUCACAGGUUUGGCACAACAUGAGGGUGAGUAAAUAAGGAUAGAAUUGUUAUUUUUGGAUGAACUGCCAGUAUAACAGUAUAAGCUUGGUGUACAGUUGUAUUGCGUGAAAGUGUUUGUAUUACAUUGUUGUUCUUGUGAAACAUUUUUUUUUUUUUUUAAAAAAGACUAAUUGUCAAUAUAAAAUGUUACCUUACUUUUGCGUUAAAAACAACAAAAACGCAGCUAAUAGCAUAACAGUGCACUGUACUUUAACACUGACUGAUUGUCAUUCUUCUUCCAUGAAAUGUUCAAAUUAAUAUAAUAUUGUGCACUUAAAAUCUCAGUUCGAGAGGUAAUUGUGUAUAGCUUGUUGUUUUUGAAUGUUAAAUUAAAAUCUAUUUAAAUUAAAUCAAAAUUUGACUUUAAUAAAGACAGAAUAUAUAAGAGACCAUGAAUGUUUAUGAGGAUUAUGUCUGAGCAAAUAUAAGGCUUUAGGUCAAAAGUCCAGUUACACAAAUGUGUUUCCCUAGCAGUGUUUUUGUGUUAGAACACAUUCAAAACAAGAUCUUAAAUCUUUGUGAAUUUCAUUCUCUGAAAUUAAAUUCCAGUAUUAUCAUAUUUUGCUCUAGCCAUUGGGUAACAAGUAAACCCAAUAAAACCACACUGGCCCUGGUAGAUUUAAACCUAAAGGCUAAACUGUUUUCAGGAAAAGGGUAUUUUGCAUAAAAGUCAGACCAGGGCAAGUUAGAAAAUUUGUUUGGCUAAAAAUUUGGUUCAGUAUUGUAGGGUAUUAUCGUUGACGUUUUUGCUGUUUCAAAAAAUUAUUUUAUGUUGCAUAGUUACACGGUUUAAAUUUAGCUGAAAAGCAUGUAUUAAGUUGUUUAAUGGCAAGUCCCGUUUUGACAGCUUACCCCAAAUUGUGUGACAACAUGUCCUGCUAUCAGUCAAUGAACAGUGAAUCGAUCUCUAUCUCUCUGGGCAAUAAGAUUUUCAAUAGCCUUUCGUAGGUCUAGACCUACAAAAAUGUGACAUUACAAAAUAAACCCACCGUAAGUAAUAUUAAUCACAGAAUUUUUUUUUGACACAAGCCCUAGUCUCCCCUUUGUAGCUACAUUAUAUUUUCAUCACAAGCCAUUUACAAUUAUUUUUAAAAAUUACACAUUCUCAGUAACAUUAAUUAUUUUGAUGUUUUUACUUGACUUAAUAAGGAUGCACGACCACACCACCUGGUUGAGCGGAAGCCAGAGUUAAAAUUCCAGUCCAAUUUUUCAAUUCUGCUUUUCUCUCACUCACACAGCCUGAACGACAACACACUCCCUGAGUUUCCCUCUCUCAGUGCUUCCCUAUCAGUCUCGUCUCAUUCUCAAUUAGCAUUACUGACAGACACUCCCACAAGCUCCCAGCCAAGAUAUCACCACCCACCCUGAUCAGAGCUUUGUGAAUCAAAGCAUUCGGGAAUAUAUCAAGCAAAGCUUGGCAGAAAUAUGUUUCAUUUAGUUGGGCAAGGCCGUAUCAGUCUCUGUGCACACAUCCAAACGUGUUCUUAUAUCCAGUAGAAAUGACAGCUCUGCGGCAUGCAGUUAAUUACCCAGAAAGGGGCGAUCAGGUUCAUAACUGAUGAGAAUGCUUAACGUCUUGUUAAACUGUCCUUGCUUUAAAUCACUUACAUAGUAAGGUAAUGAUGGUCAUUUGCAGGCAAUUUGGAAGAUUUGAAUGACAGUACACCUGCUGCUGUUUACCGUCACACUCACACAGGAGCUUUUUAAUGGACACCCAGCACAAAAGUGAUGCUCUUGAUGAUGAUCUGUUGGUUAUGUUACGUCACACUCCCAUGUUUAGUCUGUAGUGGUCAACGGACUGUGAGGAACGGUCUGGGCAGCAGUCAAUCUUUUUUUGGAUGCAAAUAUUUUCCCACCAAAGACCAAACCAAGAGUAUCCUUUAAAAACAAAGCAGUAGGCACAGUUAUGGCUGCUAUAACUCGGCUGCUCUCAUUUUAUGUGUGCACUUAAAUGCCAUUUGAAUGCUAUUUGUUUACGUAUCUAGAAAUAGAAACAAAACCAAGAAAAAUUCUGCAUGUGUCCUGUUUGUGAACACAUUGUUAGUCUUUUCAAAGCAGCCCAUGUUUUCACCAGUACCAUUAUUGCUGCUACUACUAUAACAAACUUUCCAUGUACUUUGCCUUUUCCAUGAGAUGCGGUUACAUAUGUGGAGGUAUAAGGUUGACUUGCUGUUAAAGUGAUAGUUCACCCAAAAAUGAAAAUUCUGUCAUUAAUUACUCACCUGUAGGUCGUUCCAAACCUGUAAGAACUUUGUUCAUCUCCAGAAGACAAAUUAAGAUAAUUUUGAUGAAAUCUGAGAGUUUUCUGACCCUUCGUAGACUGACAAUGAAUUGUUAAAUAAAGUUAUUUUUGUCAUCAAAAAUAUCUUAAUUUGUGUUCUGAAGAUAAAUGAAGUUUCUUACGCAUUUGGUACAACAUUGGGGUGAGUAAUUGAUAACAGAAUUUUCAUUUUUGAGUCAACCAUUCCUUUAAAUGGCUGAGUGUUAUGUGGAUGCAUGUUUAUCGGUUUGCCCAUGGUUGUUUGUCAAUAUUCAAAACUCACUUUGGUCUCCUGCUGAGUGUGCUAAUAUAAUCAGAUCCCCCACUGUUAACAGGAUUUCCUGUGGUAUCAUGGUUUCCUAUUACUGAGAGGGUUAGGAGUUACGUUAUACUUGUUACUUCCUAAUGCACAUCAUCAAAUCAAUGUAUUCCCAUUAUGUUCUAGAUAAGAAUUUCAUCACAUUGAAAUUUAAUUUGUCCCUUUGGAUGUGUGUAUUCUACCCAACAGCAUUUCAGUAU